AUGGCGCCUCCCACUGACCGAGAUAUCCUGCCGGAUACCAUAAAACCUCUCAACUAUGACUUGUCCCUCUACAAUCUGGAGUUUGGUGGGAACUGGAGCUACGACGGUACCGUUAAGGUCGACUCAAAGGUCAAGCAAGAAACGCAGGAGCUGGUCCUCAACGUGAAAGAGCUGGAAAUCAAAAGCGCAGAAGUGCUGAGCAAAGAUGGUGGCUCUACAAUCACGUCAAUGGCCGACGUUUCCUAUGACAAGAAGACCGAAAGAGCAACCAUCAAGUUCUCAGGCAAAGUCCCAUCUGGUGACGCUGUUUUUGCCAUCGGGUUCAAGGGGACAAUGAAUAAUGCUAUGGAAGGCUUUUAUCGCUCCAAAUACAAGCCUGCUGUCACUCCAUCCGCGGGAGCCCCAAAAGACGGAGAGCACCACUACAUGUUCAGCACCCAAUUCGAAGCUUGUGCUGCCAGGAGGGCCUUCCCUUGCUUUGACGAACCAAAUCUGAAAGCAUCUUUCGAGUUCGAGGUUGAGAUCCCAGAGGAUCUGGUCGCCCUGAGUAAUAUGCCCGAGAAAUCGACAAGCAAGGGGAGCAAGGACGGUCUGAAAAAGGUAUCAUUUGAAAAGACACCAGCCAUGAGCACAUACCUAGCUGCAUGGGCCAUUGGUGAUUUUGAAUACGUCGAAGGUUUCACGGAACGCAAGUACAACGGCAAGCCGUUGCCCGUCAGAGUCUACACGACUCGCGGGCUUAAAGAGCAAGGUCGUUUUGCCAUGGAACACGCCCACAAGACCCUUGACUAUUUCUCAGACGUUUUCGGGAUUGAAUAUCCCCUUCCCAAAUCGGAUCUGCUGGCGGUUCAUGAAUUCGCCAUGGGCGCCAUGGAAAAUUGGGGCUUGGUCACUUAUCGAACCACGGCGGUCCUGUAUGAUGAAGAGAAGUCCGAUGCUCGUUUCAAGAAUAGAGUUGCCUAUGUUGUUGCUCACGAGUUGGCACAUCAGUGGUUCGGCAACCUGGUCACUAUGGAUUGGUGGAAUGAGUUGUGGCUGAAUGAAGGUUUCGCCACCUGGGUCGGCUGGCUAGCCGUCGACCAUCUGCAUCCGGAGUGGAAAGUCUGGAGUCAGUUUGUGGCUGAAGCUGUUCAAACAGCUCUCGAACUCGACUCGCUACGUGCUUCCCACCCUAUCGAAGUCCCAGUCCGCAAUGCUCUCGAGGUUGAUCAAAUUUUCGACCACAUUUCGUAUCUCAAGGGCAGCUCUGUCAUCAGAAUGUUAAGCAACUAUCUCGGACAAGAUAUCUUCCUGAAAGGAGUGGGUGAUUAUCUCAAGACCCAUGCUUACGGAAACGCCAAAACCAAUGAUCUCUGGGCGGCCCUUAGCGCAGCCUCUGGCCAGGAUGUUCAAACAUUUAUGGAUCCCUGGAUUCGUAAGAUCGGGUUUCCGGUGAUCACAAUAGCGGAAGAGCCUGGUCAAAUAUCCAUUCGCCAAUCAAGAUUCCUCACCACCGGAGAUGUGAAGGCCGAGGAAGACGAAACUAUGUGGUGGAUUCCGGUUGGUCUCAAGACCGGCACCCCUGUCAAAAUCGUUCACAGCGCCUUGACCCAGAAGCAGGACACUGUUCGAGAUGUAGAUGAUGCCUUUUACAAAAUCAACGCUGAUCAGAGCGGCUUCUAUCGCACGAACUACCCACCUCAGCGACUGAUGAAGCUUGGUGAAGCUCAUGAGCAGCUUUCCAUCGAAGAUAAGAUUGGCCUGAUGGGUGAUGCUACUGCCUUGGCGAUGGCUGGAAAUGGUACAACAGCCGCUCUUCUGUCUCUCCUAGAAGGCUUCAAGGUCGAAAAGAGCUUCUUGGUGUGGCAACAGAUCGCCGGCUCAUUAUCAAAAGUGCGACAAGUCUUUGCGUCGAACAAGGAAAUCUCUGCAGCAUUGAAGAAAUUCACCCUCAAACUCGUAUCCCCUGCUGCAGAGGCAAUAGGUUGGAACUACCCUGAGGGUGAAGACUACCUGACUGGUCAAUCCAGAAAACUCCUCCUUAGCACCGCUGCCGGCGCCGGCCACCAAGGAAUCAUUUCCGAGGGGCAGAAGAAAUUCGCAGCAUGGAAAUCUGGCGAUGAGAAAGCCAUCCACCAAAACCUUCGAGGCGUGAUAUUCAACUUGGCAGUCGCGAAUGGCGGGCAAGAAGAGUAUGACACCGUCAAACAAGAGUUCAUAAAGACCACCAGUGUUGAUGGAAAGGAGAUCUGCAUUCAAGCACUGGGCCGCUCGAAGAACUCGGAUCAUGCAUGGGACUUGCUAGAAUUUGUCACCUCCGAGGAGGUCCCUCCACAAGACGCACAUGGAGGUAUCAUCGCUGUGUCAAACAAUAACGAGACCCGGAACGUGGCUUGGGAGUAUACCAAGCAAAACUGGCCCCGGGUGUUCAAGCGAUUGGGGGUCACUAGUGUGGUUAUUGACAGAUGGAUAAAAUCAGGCCUGCCCAAGUAUUCGGAUCUCAAGGUGAGAGAUGAAAUUGACCAAUUCUUCAAGGACAAGGAGACUGGGCAAUUCAGCAGAAGUCUGGUCAUCGUGUAUGAUACAAUUACGGGGAAUGCACGAUAUAAGGAGCGCGACGAGGCGGAGUUGUUAGAGUGGUUGAAGGCUCACGGGUAUGCCUCGUAG